AUGACUGACGCAUACCUGCAUGAGCUCACAUACUCCACGUCGAGGCCACGCAGUGAAUUGCUCAUCUUUAAUAAAGCGGGCCCAAAGACAACUGCGACAAAGAAGCCGACAUUCUGUCAAGUGGUGUUGCCAUACUGCAAAGGCUACUGUGACAUUGCCUCCGUGCAUGGCGUACGCUAUCUGUCCGACCCCAAACUUUACUACUUCGAACGCGUCAUCUGGCUACUGCUGUUGAUCGCCACCACCUCCGGCUGCCUGUACGUUUACGAUGAUUUGGCCGAUUUGUACUAUUCGCAACGCAUACAAACGAUUGUCGAAGACUCCAUUGCGCCCAUCUUCACUAAGCCAUUCCCGGCGAUUGGCAUAUGUCCACGCAACCGCAUCAAUUGGCCGAAACUUUUGGAGGCGCAUGAAAUAUUUCUCGCACGGAAUGCCAGCGACGAGGUUGUGCAGACAUUUCGUCGCUUCUUCGCCAUAAUGGGCGAUUUCAGCUUUAACAAUUUCUACCAUUUGCGGCAGCUGUAUGGACUUGAUUUGAAUCUGACACUGCUGGACGAUGUGGACAUAAUGGAGGUUAUGCGUUAUGUUGGCUUCACAUGCGAUGAAAUGUUCGUGCAACCCUGCCAUUGGCGGCGCAACGCAUAUAAUUGUUGUGAUCUCUUUUCCAUGGAACGUACGGAAUAUGGGUUUUGCUUUGUCUUCAAUUCGGUAAUCACAGAGCAGGGGCGCGAGCGAAUGCUUAGAAACCGCUAUUAUCCGUAUCACAAUUCGAAGACUACCGAGUUAUCUGGUUUGGAUGUUGUCAUAAAUCUUGACGAGACCAAACAACCGCCAAAUUUCAGUCUCUCAAAUGGAAUAUAUGUUAUGGUGAAAAAGGCGGACCAAUGGCACAGUACCCCACGCUUUAUCAAUUAUAAUACAUACACAAAACUACCGGUUGUACCACAAUUUACCUUAACCGACGAAAGAACACGUGAUGUAACACCAGAAGAGCGACGGUGCUUGUUUGAAGACGAAGACGAUCAUCCUCUUUACAAGAAAAUCCCAGGUUUGGAAUAUCGACGUGGCAACUGUUUCGCACGCUGUCAUCAAGAAUAUGUUUUCAAGCUAUGCAAAUGCAAUUUGCGAGUGUUCUUUCCACAGGAUGAAAGUGAUAAUAUAACGGCAUGUACUGCAAAGGAUUUCAAGUGUCUCUAUGAAUAUAGAGAUAUUUUCGAAUCCGACACUCGCGUGUCGGAAAGUGAGUAUGUCGAGACCGUGUCCAAUAACACUAUGAUUUGUAACUGUUUGAGUAGCUGCAAUCAGCUGAUUUACGUCACCAAUUAUAUAAGUGAGCCGUUAGAAGACCAAACAUGCGGAGCUCUCCAUAAUCAUUCAACGUCAUCGACUAAAAUAUCAGAUAGGAAAAUAUUUGCAAAAGAUGUUAAACCCAAAUGUAUAUUACAAUAAAACUGAUUUGGCUAUUUAGACGGGCAUUUUGGACGAGAAGAGAUUACCGAUAUGAUUUUCAAUGGUUGAUCCGUCACGUCAGUGGUCGCUGCAGUAGGAAUGAGGGUAAAAAAAACUAUAUCUUAUAGUUAAUUUCAUCCGCACAACACUAAUAUCACACAUAUAUUUUUCGUUAUAAUCGUGAAUACAAGAUUUCUCUGGUGAACCGAUGUCUGUGCACACAGUGGUUACUUACUAGAAAAAUAGUUACCGGUGAAUGAAAAUAUAGGGUCUAAGACAAUCGAAUAUUUUUGAAAGAUGAAAAAUGUGGCAUUUUAAUGAAGGCAUGAUUGUUAUUUUAGAGGGUAAUAUGUUAAAUACACUGGAAUCAACAUCCAUAAAUUUAUAUAAUGGGUAUAAUUCUGAAAUACGCAUUUUUAAAAUUUUUGUCUCAAUUGAAAGAUGUACGUUCAAGACUAUUUCUGGCUCAAGCUCCAACCGACUAAAGAUCAAAUUUAGUUCAAAAGAUGUUUCGUUAAGUUUUAUAUUAUUUAUUUAUUCAAAUUAAAUAUUUUAAAUAUUUUGUAAAAAUAAUAACUCUCUAUGUAAAUUCAAUUAAUUUAAAAAAUAUUAAAUUAAAAGAAAAUAAGGAUAUUAAUGUAAUAAUAUUUGUUUUGUUAUUUAUAACUAAAGUAUGUUGCAUGAAAGACUAAUUUCUUAAAUAU